AUGGGAAGCUUUCUAUCAAAAAGUUUAUAUGGUUUUGGACAUUGUAAAUAUAAUAAUGUUAGUACUGGUGAUUAUGGUGAAUCUUUUAUAAAUAAAUCAUUAGAAUCAGAUGAUACAUUUCAUUUGAAUCAUCAUAUACAAAGGGAAUUAUGGCAAUCUAAUUUUUCUUCUCCAGUUGAAGAUUUACUAAAAAAUGGCAGCGCCAAAGUUUUAGAUGUUGGUUGUGGGCUAGGAACUUUUUUAUGUGAAAUAUCAUCAUAUUAUCCAAAAUCAGAAUUUAUUGGAAUUGAUGUACUGUCGUUGUUUCCAACAAUUAAACCAUUCAAUGUUAACUUUAUAAAAAAAAAUAUUAUAGAUGGUUUACCAUUUGAAGACAACUCAUUUGACUUUGUACACAUCAGAUCUUUAUUUUAUGAUUUCACAGAGUCUCAAUGGAUGAAUAUUAUUUACAAAGAAACAUUGAGAGUACUUAAACCUGGUGGCUGGCUAGAAAUUGCUGACCCAGAAACGAGAGCUUAUAAUACUGGUCCAUUGACUGAUUUUUUGCUCAAAUCAAUAUCUAAAGAUGUAAGUUUAAGAAAUAUAAGUUCUUGUAUUGUUGACAGCCAUGAUUCAAAUCUUCGUACAAUUAUUUCUAACAACAAAAAUAUUAAUGAACAAAAGGAAAAAAUAGUCAUACAUCACGAUAAAAAACUUUACCAGAUUGGUAAAUGGUCAGGGAAGAUUGGAGAAGCAACAUCGAUAUUUAUGAUUGGUAACAGCAUCAUCCCGUAUCAAAAUACGUUUAUCAAUCGAAAAUGGUUUCCCCAUGAUAAGUAUUUUUCGGUUAUACCAAAUGUUCUAAAAUAUCGCAACAAAGAAGGAGCUGAUAAUAAGAAAUUUCAUGAGGGAAAACAUGGACAAGAAAACCAUGUUCAUAACGAUGUGAAUCAUAAAAGACAUAAAGACAAUGUUGAUAACGUUGUGGCUCAUAAAGGUGGGUUUGAUCCGGAUGAGUUGAAGCAAGUUUUCGUUGAAACUGGUCUAUUGAAAGAUGUUGAGGUUGAGGUGGCUUUUCGACUUGAAGAUAAAGAUUGUACUUUAGAAUAUUUAAUUGCUAGGGGAAAAAGGGGUUUUCCUUUGGACUAA